AUGCGCCUUCCCAGUGCCGUUGCAUUGACAGCCCUGGUGGCCGGGUCAGCCGCCGCCUCUGGCUGUCCCUAUGCAGCACGCGCCAACGAUGAGGCGGCUGCUGCUGCUCCUGUUGGGUGUCCCUAUGCCAGACGAGCUGCUGCCGCUGCCGCUGCCGCUCAGGUCAAGGAGACUUCCGUUGAGACUCAAAGUGGAGCCAUUGAAGGCAAGAAGGGUAUCUUCUACUUGAACCGUAUCGGACCUUCGGGUUCGCAGCUCUGGAUCGCCAAUGCGGACGGUACCAACGCAACUAAGCUUCUAGGCAACCAGACACACGCCUUCGACUACCACCCAUCCUGGUCCCAGGAUGGUCAAUGGAUUGUCUUCACCAGCGAGCGUCGCGGUGCGGGUCAGUCGGACCUGUACCGGGUGCACCCUGACGGCACUGGGCUCGAGGCCCUCGUGACGACGGACAGUGCGGAGGACAUUGGUGUUCUAUCCCCCAAUGGCAAGCAGCUGGCCUAUGUCUCGACGCAGGGCAACUACACCAUGAACGUCUGGGUCAAGGAUCUCAAGACGGGCAUUGCACAGAACCUGACCGAUACCGCUCUGACGCGGGCGGACAACACGUAUCCCACUGGUCACUUCCGGCCCUCGUGGUCUCCCAACAGCGAGUGGCUGGUCUUCAGCUCGGACCGCAACACUGACUGGACCGGUCACAGUGAGGGUGUGGGAUGGGAACACACCCAGAGCCUGGGCCUGUACGUGAUCCGGCCGGACGGUACCGGCCUGCGGACGCUGGUGCGCCAGGAUGGCUACUCCUUCGGUACUCCGCAGUGGUCGCGCGAUGGAAAGCGCAUCAUCUACAACAACAUGACCCGUGAGGAUACCUACGGCUCGCACGGGGUCUCCCAGCAGCAAGCCGCCGUCUCCUCUCAAGUCUACAGCGUGGACUUUGCCACGGGCACUGACAUUCAGGCCCACACCUCUGGCAGCUACCCCAAGGUCGGCCAGCACUACAUCGGCAGUUCCUCCAACAUUGGAUACCUGGUCAAGGCUGGGCCCUACGAGGGAAUCAACUACACCACCCCCGAUAAGACUCACAAGGCGUUCAACUCGACGAACAUCCGCGAUCCCUGGUGGUCCCCCGACGGAUCCAAGAUCGUCUAUCAGACCUGGAACUGGGCUCAGCAGGCCGCCGGUCUGAAGCUCUGGAGCUUCGACGACGACUGGGAGUACCGCUACAUGGACGUCUUCCCCAUGCACCACCCCUCGACCAACCGUCUGGCCUCCACCCAGAAAGUGCUGGGCAGCGCCAACGGCUCGCUGGUGAUCUCCACUCCGCUGUACGCCGACGUGCACGAGGCCCUCGACUCGUACUCCGUCUACAGCGUCAACAACGCCACCCAGGCUGAGUACCUGGCUGAAGGCCAAGCCGGUGCCUUCCAGCCCUCCUGGAGCCCCGAUGGUGAUGAGCUGGUCGUCGGCUUCGGCGCCUGGUUCACCUCACGCGCGACCAACAAUGCGACUUUGUUCCGUACCUUCACCAAUGGCACCUCCCACACCAACCUGACCGACGGCACCUUCAACGCAGGCUUCCCCUCCUGGUCUCCCGAUGGGUCGGCCAUGGUCUACCGCAAGUGGAGCCUCGAAACCGCCGCCCCCGAGGGUCUGCACAUCCUCAACUUCACCACCGGCGAGACCCGCCAGCUCACUUUGGGCUGGGACAACACCCCCGGCUGGUCUCCGGAUGGCGAGCGCAUUGUCUUCACCCGCAACAACAACUGGACGAGUUCCUAUGGCGCGCGGUGGUACGCCGACCGCUUCGAUAUCUACACCAUCCGGCCGGAUGGCUCCGAGCUCACUCGCGUGACGGACAGUUUGUCGAACGAUGCUCAUGCCGUCUGGUCCCAGGAUGGUCGCAUCAUGUGGAGUACCGGCAUGUACGGCUUCAAGGACGAGAGCGCCCUGUUCGACGACACCUUCCAGCCCUACGGCCAGAUCAUGGUCAUGAACUACGAUGGAUCAAACAAGACCCUCGUCACGGAUACGAUCUGGGAGGACUCGAUGCCACUGUAUAUGCCGAACGAGUAUCUUGAGUAG